AUGAGCGGGAGAUUGCUACACUACUGCACCCAUUGUCGCAAUCCAUCUUGGUCAACCCACAUAUCCGGCAACGCCCGCUACCACCUCGAGAAGACUCAUCACAUCCUUGUUCGAGAGGAUUCAAAGUCACAGGAUAGGCGCCAACUCGCCAUCGACAAUGCUUUCGCCAGAGCGGCCGUCAAGGGGCUGCCGCAAGCUAGGGAGUCGGAAAUGAACACUUUGCGGGGCGUAAUCAACAUCGACGCCUUUCGCGAGGCACAGAUGCUCCUUUGCGCACAUAAACAUUUGCCACUUAACUUCGUAACGUGGCCGGAAUACCAGGCUCUUCUAGCCGCAAUAAAUCCUGCCGUUCAACCGUUCCUGACUGACUCCGCUAGCACCGUUGCAAGGGACUUGACCAGGGCCUAUGAUGCGCAUCGCGAGUCCCUGAGGAGAUGGCUGGAACGUGCUCGGAGCCUCGUACAUAUUUCUAUGGACGUAUGGUCUUCUCCGCAGCGCAAGGCAUAUAUCGCUGUUCACGCACAGUGGGUUGACGAGACCUACAAACCUCGGAAAGCAUUGCUAGGGCUACCAAACCUCCGUCGGUCUCACGCCGGCGCGGCGAUGACUCCUCACCUCAUGAAAAUUGUCCGGCAGUACCACUUAGCUCAGCAGCUCGGAUACUUCACUGGGGACAAUGACACUAAGAACGACACCUGUCUCCGCCAACUAGCCGUGGAGCUGUCGCGAGAAUUCGAGGUUACGAUUGAUCCGGUGUCCGCUCGGACGCGGUGUGCCGGUCAUAUCAUCAACUUGGCUCUUCAAGCUUUUCUCCUUGCAACUAGCGAAAGCGCCCUGAAGGCCGCAGUUGAAGCGGCACAGGACGAAGCGAAUGAUGUAACAGCUGCGGAAGCCUUGCAUGACCAGAUUCGGGCCACCACUGAUCAUAGGAGUCAUGACAGGCGCAAGAAACGCCAUGAUACUGCCGGCUGGCGGAGCAUCGGCCCACUGGGCAAACUUCACAACAUUGCCUUGUUCAUUCGUAAUUCCACUAUUCACAAUGAUGCAUGGGAUGACAUUGCAGGAAAAGCGCUCGGAAUUGACAACGUCACACGUUGGAAUUCAUGGUUCCGGCUACUUGAUGCGGCCAUAACCCAGGAGGGUCCGUUGUCAAUACUGCUCAAUCAAUAUCACGACGAGUUAAAGGAUGACAUCCUUACGCACGAUGAUUGGCAACUACUCAAAAUGACUCACGAGUUCCUGCAGCCGUUCCACCAGGCGACCUUGGAGCAGCAGAUGGAGUGGGCAUCAAUAGACCAGGUGCUAGAGAACAUGGAUAUUCUCUUCAUGCAGUUUGAGAAUGCUAAGCAGGUCAAAUACGCCGGCAACGCGCGUAUGGUUCAUUCCAUCCACAUGGGUUGGUGGGUUCUCUCAAAGUAUUACGAAGAGAGUGAUAGGAAUCCCAUUUAUGCCACAGCAUUGCUGCUUCAUCCGGAGAAGCGCAGGAGGUACCUUGAACGUCACUGGGCACCGGAGUGGAGGCGAACCGCCACUGCCGGCGCACGGCAGCAUUGGGCCAAGUACAAGGACCGACCACUGCCGUUGAAUUCUGCAGUCCAGAAGAUUUACACCGAGCCACGAGAAGCAACCCCAUACGAGCGCAUCAAACAGUCAAUGAGCGUCUUGGAUGAGCCUGGGAACGAGGAUGAAUUCGAAAAGUUCGUCAACUCUCCCCCCAGACCUAUGACGACACGCACGCCACUUGAAUGGUGGUGCCGAGAAGAACAGAGGAUUGAGUAUCCGCGUUUACACCAAUUGGCCAUUGAUGUUCUCAGUGUACCGGCCAUGUCAGACGACCCGGAGCGGGUAUUCUCCUGCGCACGGCGGACAAUUUCAUGGGACAGGUCACGUCUCACAGCUGAUACCAUUGAGAAACUUCAAUGUAUGAGCAAUUGGGUGAGGAACGACUUGAUCCGCAAAGUGUAUGUGUCAGUAGACGACGAUGUCAUCGAAGUUGGCGGCGAUGACAAAAUAAGUGGAGCUUCAGAUUUAUAUUCUUAA